GCAUCACAAUCUCAUGGAAGCCUUAAUCACCACCAUUGGAUUCUAUCUCAGCUUCAUUAUUCAUCCUUCCCUCUCAAACCCAUAACUUGUAUUUUUUUAACAACACCUUCUCAGUCCCGAGGAACCGUUUUCUUCAUAAUGACCAGACUACCCUCGCGCCACAACCCAUUGCAAACGUGAAACACCCACCCAUAUCCUUUAUCGUCAAUUCAUCCCACCACCACCACCACCACCAUGGAGGGCGGAAACCGACCUGAAGCAGAACGGUGGCUCUACACCGCCAACAAGCUCCUCAGCGCACGUGACCUGCACGGGGCACGCUCCUUCGCGAUCCGCGCCCGUGAAUCCGACCCGACGUUUGACGCCUCAGAGCUUCUUCUCACCGUCAUCGACACUCUCCUCGCCGGCGAGUCACGGAUCAACGACCACCACCGCGACUGGUACGGGAUCCUCCAAAUCCUCCGCUACACCACCAACAUCGACCACAUCGCCGCCCAGUACCGCCGUCUCGCACUCCUCCUCGACCCUCAUCGGAACCCCUUCGCCUUCGCCGGUCACGCGUUCUCCUUCGUCCAUGACGCUUGGUCCGUUCUCUCCAAUCCUGCUAAGAAGGCCAUGUACGACAGCGAGCUCCGAUUGCUCACUUCCCCACCCCCGCCGCAGCUGCAGCCGCAUCCACAACCAGCACCACCGCCUCCGCCGCCGCAGCAGCAGCAGAUUAACUCAACGCCGCGGAGAAAUCCUAGAUCCGGUGACAACGCUGCUGACCCGGCUCGGCAGAGCCGAAACCCUAACGAGCCAGCUGAGUCAACUAGGCAGACGCGGACGGCGAGCGUUGAGGCGGAGAAGGAGGAUAGCACGAGCUUCUGGACCUCGUGCCCCUACUGUUACGUUCUGUAUGAGUAUCCGAAGGGGUAUGAGGAGUGUACCCUGCGGUGUCAGGGUUGCCGGAGGGGGUUUCAUGCGGUGGUGAUACGGUCACCGCCGUUGAACGGGAAAGAUGCUUCGUUUUGCAGUUGGGGUUUUUUCCCUCUUGGGUUUUCCGGCAAUUGCAAAGAUGUGAAUGGGGUUUCUAACAACUGGAACCCGUUUUCCCCUCUAUUUCCCUGUGCCUUGAAAGGGUCCUCAAGGAAGAGGAACUGGGCUUACUAUGAUGAUGAGCAGGCAGCAGCGUUUAUCGAUCAUUCCGAUCCUAGUGAUGAUGAUUCUGAUGAUGGGGACUGGAGGGGUGGUGGACAGAGGGGGAGGAGGAGGUCAAGGGGAACCAGGAGGUAUAAUGGUAGUUUUAGGAGGGAACCUGUAGAUAGACCUAGGAGGAGUGGUGCUGGUCCUGCAGGGAAUCAAAAUGCAGCCACUGGUGGGGCUGUUGAUGCUGCUGGUGUAGGUCCAGGUGCAGGUGCAAGGGGGGAGUCUAGUAAGAAAGCUGCAUUGGGUAGUUCCAGGAGGAGGGGUGCAGGGAACUUGGGGAAGUUAGAUUUGAAUGUGGAGUUCAGCAAUGAUCCAGAAGAGCCUUCCCGUGGAGUGCGUGACCGGGAAGGGAAUGCAACUGGCAAUGCUGAGGAUAAUAUUGAAGGGAUCGGGUUUUUUGAGGGUCUAGAUGAGUUCCUUAAUAGCUUACCUAUUCUGAAUGUUGUAGCAGAUGAUAAGGUUAAGAGUCAUUAGCCUUGUAGAUGCCUGUGUCUUUUGUUAUUUUGUUGUUGUAGACCAUAGAUGUUGUACUUGUUACUUGUAUGUUUGUAGUUGUCGCGCAAUGAUGCUGAGCUAAUGUGAAUUCUUGUCAUUGUUAAAUGUUAUAAUAAUUUGUAGCA